AUAUACUGUAUUUUUCGCUCCAUAAGACGCACCUGACCAUAAGAUGCACCUAGGUUUUAGAGGCAGAAAACAAGAUAAAACAUAUUCUGAACCAAUGGACUGCAGACACAGUACAGGAGAUGACCAGAGACUGCGGACACAGUACAGGAGAUGACCAGAGACUGCAGACACAGUACAGGAGAUGACCAGAGACUGCGGACAUAGUACAGGAGAUGACCAGAGACUGCGGACACAGUACAGGAGAUGACCAGAGACUGCGGACAUAGUACAG